AUGAGUAAAAAAAAAGAAUCAAUUUAACCCACAACACUCAUUAAUUUAAAAAAUAUAGAUUUCUAAGCAAAAUUAGAUUACAUUUAACAAUAAUUAAAAAAGUAUAUAUUUACAUGUAUCUUAUAAGUAAAGAAUCUUAAACAUUAUGGAAAUAAUAUUAAAAAGAUGUGAUUGAGAAAGAGGUAACAAUGCUUAAUUAAGAAUUAGAAAUAUAAUCAAAACUAUAAGAAUUGAAAUUAGUUUAAACAAAUUAUCCAUUUACAAAUAUGGAAAACUAAGAUGAAUAGAAAAAAAUUCAAGGAUAUUUAUUUGAUGGUAUUUUAUGUUCAAUUGCUGAUUUAACAUUAAAUAAACAUAAUUAGGAUAAUAAUUAGGAGGGAAAAUGUUAAAAUGAAUAAUAGAAAAAGAAAAAAGGUAGAAAACCUGGAAAAGUUGGAAAAUGUGGUAAUAUUGAAAAAUCAAAAGAUCAAUCCUAAAAGGGAGAGAAAGAAUAAGAUAAAUAAAAAGAAGAAAAAAAUAAAAAAAAAAAUAAAGGAAGACCUAAAUCAAAAAUAAAUAACAUAAAUUAAAAGGGUAUAUAGAAAGGAUAAUCUAAAUAAAUAAAAUUGAAACCUGGAAGAAAACCAAAUAAAUAGAAAGUAGUUGAAGGAGUUAAGAAUAAAUAGAAAGGAUAGAUUAAGAAAGUUUAGAUUAAGAAAAAGAUAUAGAAAAAAUAGAAUAAAAAGAAAUGAG